GGGCUUAAACACAGUUACCAGCUACACAUGCACCAGUUCAUUUUCCGAAAACCUAAUUACAAAGCUCUUUUCAAAUUCAACGUUAUUCUGGGACACAACAAUGUUUCAUUCUUCUUCUUCGAUGUUGUUGAGGUCUGUUUUUCGUGUUUCUGUUCCCAAAAAGUUUCAUCCUUUUCAAUUUCCAGAAAACACCCAUUUCUAUUUCAUUCAUUCUUUUUCAACUUCAACCACAUUCCAUAAUAACAAUGAUGUUGUUGAUGCUGUUUCUUUGUUCAAUUGCUUGCUUCGUCAGAAUCCCACUCCUCCCGACAUGGAAUUCGGUCAGAUUUUAGGUUCCCUUGUCAAAUCCAAACAUUACCACACUGUUCUUUCCCUUUUUCAAAAAAUGGAAUAUAGAGGAAUUAAACCUAACUUCGUCAAUUUCAACAUCCUCAUCAAUUGUUUCUGUCAAUUGGGUCUCAUCCCUUUUGCUUUCUCUGUUUUAGCAAAGAUUCUCAAAAUGGGUUAUGAGCCAGAUACCAUAACAUUGAAUACAUUCAUUAAGGGUUUCUGUCUCAAAGGUCAGAUCCAUCAAGCAUUGAACUUUCAUGACAAGCUGGUAGCGCUUGGAUUUCAUUUGGACCAAGUUAGUUAUGGAACCUUGAUUAAUGGCUUGUGUAAGGUAGGAGAAACAAGAGCAGCCCUUGAAUUGCUACGACGAGUUGAUGGAAAAUUGGUUCAGCUUGAUGUGGUAAUGUACAGUACGAUUAUUGAUAGUAUGUGUAAAGAUAAAAAUGUUAAUGAUGCUUUUGAUUUAUAUUCUGAAAUGGUUUCUAGGAGAAUUUCUUCCAAUAUUGUCACUUAUAGUGCUUUAAUUAGUGGCUUUUGCAUUGUUGGUAAAUUGAAAGAUGCAAUUGGUUUGUUCAAUAAAAUGACAUCGGAAAACAUCAACCCUGAUGUGUAUACUUUUAAUAUAUUGGUUGAUGCAUUUUGUAAGGAAGGAAGGGUGAAAGAAGCUAAAAAUGGGUUAGCUAUGAUGAUGAAACAAGGCAUUAAACCUGACAUUGUUACUUAUAACUCUUUAAUGGAUGGAUAUUGUCUGGUAAAUGAAGUGAACAUGGCCAAGAGUAUAUUAAACACUAUGUCUCAUAGGGGAGUGACUGCUACUGUUCGGAGCUACAAUAUUGUGAUUAAUGGAUUUUGUAAGAUUAAAAUGGUGGAUCAAGCCAUGAAACUUUUCAAAGAAAUGCAUCACAAACAAAUUUUUCCUAAUGUGAUAACUUAUAAUUCCCUUAUUGAUGGAUUGUGCAAAUCUGGAAGAAUAUCAUAUGCUUUGGAACUUAUCGAUUUGAUGCAUGAUCGAGGGCAACAACCUGAUAUAAUCACGUACAGUUCUAUAUUGGAUGCCUUAUGCAAAAACCAUCUGGUUGACAAGGCAAUUGCAUUAUUAAUAAAAUUGAAAGACCAGGGUAUUCGACCAAAUAUGUACACAUACACUAUUCUUAUUGAUGGAUUGUGUAAAGGUGGAAGACUAGAGGAUGCACGGAAUAUUUUUGAGGAUCUUUUGGUCAAAGGCUAUAAUCUAACCGUCAACACAUAUACUGUUAUGAUUCAAGGGUUUUGUAGCCAUGGCUUGUUUGAUGAAGCAUUGUCUUUGUUGUCAAAAAUGAAAGACAAUAGUUGCAUUCCAGACGCCAUUACUUAUGAAAUAAUCAUCUGUUCUCUGUUUGAUAAAGAUGAAAAUGAUAAGGCGGAGAAACUUCUUCGUGAAAUGAUUACAAGAGGUCUAUUGUAAGACUGAAACUAGGUUGCAGGAAUUUCGGAAUCUGCAUGAUGUGUACUUUUUAGAUGCUUGCCUCUAGGGAAAGGUGAAGAGAAGUAAUGAAAGGCUAAUAGUGAUCUGUAAAGUCUAGGGAGGACUGGUUUUCCCCCCUCCAAUUCCUUAUGAGAUGCUAGUAUUUUGGAAUUAACAUUAUACAUUGUAGAAGAUAUCAUUAUUUAUUUUUACACAAUUUUCUAGUAUGUGAGUACCUAGGGAGGACUGCUUUUCCCCUCUCCAAUACCUUAUGAGAUGCUAGUAUAACUGAACUAUGAUAGGUAGUCACUAGGUAUGAAUGGAUGUGCAUUCUUUGAUUUUUGGGCACUUUUUGCAUUGGUGGGAGAAGGUUCAACAUUAUCUGAGUAUCAUUGCUAUUGAAUACCUCAUUUCCCACAGUUAUGCAAAGUAAUUUUGAUUUAUGAAAGAUAAGGUUGAACA